AGCGGGGCGCACCGAGGGUGCCGGCGGCGGCGGCGGCGGCGAGCGCGGAGCCAGCGAGGCCGUGCGCCCGCGCCUGGAGAGCGGCCGGCGGCCUCAGCCCGGGCGGCGGCGGCAUCCCUCGGCGCCCCGGGCCCUUCCUCCCGAUCCCGCUGCACGCCGCCCCGCCCUCUGCACCCCACUUCUCCUACCAUCUUUGCCGAUCCUGCCUGCCUCUGCCCGGUCCCCGGGCGCUGGAUCGAGCCCAGGCCGGCGGCAGCUGUUGCUCGCGUGGCUGCCUCGCCUCCUGUCUUGGGGCUCUGCCGGGGCCCCGCAGGAUCCGGGCGCGCUGCGAGCUGGGAGGGAGGCGCCGCUCAGCCCGACCUCCUCCGGCUCCUCCCGCCGCCGCCGCCGCUGGUCCGUGCGCGCCCCACACCCCGCCAGCCGCACCUCGGGCACCCCGCAGCAGACUCAGACCCGGUGCCGCUGAGCCGCGGGCGCGCCGGGGACCGGGGAACGUGGCUGAAGGACGCUCGAGCACCCCCUGCCCCCUGCCAACUCCAGAAAACCAUCGCUUCGGACUCCGGGAUUGUCCUCGCUGCCACUGAGGCUCCGCGUGGAUGUCCACCCUCCCUGCUGGCUCCCCCAGGCGUCGCCCUCCAGCGUCCACCUCCCGGUAAAGCGUGCGCGGGCCGGGGCUGAGCUGGCUCGGCGGGGCCGGCAUGGCCAGGAUGAGCCCGGUCGGCGCGGCCUCCCGCUUGGUGCUGGGCUUGCUGGUGACUUCCUUGUCCGGGUCCUCCCUGCAAAGCAGCGAGUGCCCGCAGCUGUGCGUGUGCGAGAUCAGGCCGUGGUUCACGCCGCAGUCCACGUACCGGGAGGCCACGACCGUGGACUGCAACGACCUCCGACUGACACGGAUCCCCGGCAACCUGUCCAGCGACACGCAGGUGCUCCUGCUGCAGAGCAACAACAUCGCCAGGACGGCGGACGAGCUGCAGCAGCUGUGCAACCUGACGGAGCUGGACUUCUCCCAGAACAACUUCACCAGCAUCCGCGAGGUGGGGCUGGCCAACCUGAGCCAGCUCACCACCCUGCACCUGGAGGAGAACCAGAUCGCGGAGAUGACGGACUACUGCCUGCAGGACCUGGCCAGCCUGCAGGAGCUGUACAUCAACCACAACCAGAUCAGCGCCAUCUCCGCCAGGGCGUUCGCCGGCCUGAGGAACCUCUUGAGGCUGCACCUGAACUCCAACAAGCUGAAGGUGAUCGACAGCCGCUGGUUCGACUCGACGCCCAACCUGGAGAUCCUCAUGAUCGGGGAGAACCCCGUGAUUGGGAUUCUGGACAUGAACUUCAAACCCCUGUCCAACCUGAGGAGCCUGGUUUUGGCGGGAAUGUAUCUCACCGAGGUUCCCGGCAACGCCCUGGUGGGCUUGGACAGUCUCGAGAGCCUGUCUUUUUAUGACAACAGACUGGCCAAGGUGCCCCAGCUCGCGCUGCAGAAGGUCCCCAACCUGAAGUUCCUGGACCUGAACAAAAACCCCAUCCACAGAAUCCAGGAAGGGGACUUCAAGGACAUGCUGCGGCUGAAGGAGCUGGGGCUCAACAACAUGGGCGAGCUGGUGUCCGUGGACCGGUACGCGCUGGACAACCUGCCCGAGCUCACCAAGCUGGAGGCCACCAACAACCCCAAGCUCUCCUACAUCCACCGCCUGGCCUUCCGCGGCGUGCCCGCCCUGGAGAGCCUGAUGCUCAACAACAACGCCCUGAACGCCGUCUACCGGAAGACGGUGGAGUCCCUGCCCAACCUGCGGGAGAUCAGCAUCCACAGCAACCCGCUGCGCUGCGACUGCGUCCUCCGCUGGGUCAGCUCCAACGGGACGGCCAUCCGCUUCAUGGAGCCCCUGUCCAUGUUCUGCGCCACGCCGCCCGAGGUCAGGGGCCGGCAGGUGAAGGAGGCCCUCGCGCGGGACUCCGGGGAGCAGUGCCCGCCCGUGAUCGCUCCCGGCGCGCUGCCCGGCUACGUGAACGCGGAGGUGGGCACCGCGGUCCUGCUGGACUGCCGGGCCGUGGCCGAGCCGGAGCCCGACGUUUACUGGGUCGGCCCCCUGGGAAGCAAGAUAACCGCGGAGACGCCCUCGGACAGAUACACGCUGAGCAGCGAAGGCACCUUGGAGAUAGCGAACGUGCGAACGGAAGAUUCAGGAAGAUACACCUGUGUCGCCCAGAACGUCGAAGGCGCAGACACCCGCGUGGUGACCGUCAAGGUCAACGGCACCCUCCCGGAUGGCACCCAGGUGCUGAAAAUAUACGUCAAGCAGACGGAGUCUCACUCCAUUUUAGUGUCCUGGAAGGUCAACUCCAACGUCAUGACGUCCAACCUGAAAUGGUCGUCGGCCACCAUGAAGAUCGACAACCCGCACAUCACCUACACGGCCCGGGUCCCCGUGGACGUCCACGAGUACAACCUGACGCACCUGCAGCCUUCCACGGACUAUGAGGUGUGCCUCACCGUGUCCAACGUCCACCAGCAGACCCAGAAGUCGUGCGUGAACGUCACCACCAAGGACGCCGCCUUCGCCCUGGCCAUUUCCGAGCAGGACGCCAGCACCGCCCUGGCGGCCGUGAUGGGGUGCCUGUUCGCCGUGGUCAGCCUGGCGUCCGUGGCCGCGUACGUCGCCAAGAGGCUGAAGAGGAAAAACUACCACCACUCCCUGAAGAAGUACAUGCAGAAGACCUCCUCCAUCCCGCUGAACGAGCUGUACCCGCCACUCAUCAACCUCUGGGACGGAGACAGCGAGAAGGACAAGGAGGGGUCCGCAGAGACCAAGCCCACCCAGGUGGACACAUCCAGGAGCUACUACAUGUGGUGACUCAGUGGACGCUUCGCUUCUGGUCGUAAGGAGCACAAAGACGUUUUUGCUUUAUUCUGCAAAAGUAACGCGGGGGAGACUUUUGUAUUCGUGACUGGGCUAGCCGGCGGCAGGGUGGAGAGGACUACGGGUGGCUAUUUCCUUUUUUUGUUGUUUUUUUUUUUUCAGUAGAGCGUAUCGCAAGAGUUUGGCACGGCUGGCAGCACCCCGAGGCUUCCAGGGUGUGUGGGGGUUUUCUUCCUAUCGUUUUUAUCAUUAUUAUUAUAUUAUUCUUUUGUCUUAGUUUGUGUGCGACACCCAGCGAUGCUGUUCUAACUGCAGCGCUCAGUAGAAGGAUGGAGGGCGGGGUGGGUUGCCUGUGCCCUCGCCGGCAGCGGCACCCCUCCUCGGGCAGCGGCACCCCUCCUCCUGCAGCCGCCAGCGGAGAGCGCCCCGUCCGCCCGCGGCUGACCUGCAGGCGGGGCGCAGCACGAACCCUUCGCAGCCACCGGCCUCCAGACUGAUCCUUCACCCCCAGGAGCUGAGGCCCGACUCGCCGCCUCCUUUGAACGACGUUAGUUGGCUGCACCGUAACGUUGACUCCACUGGAUUGGAUGUUUGCCUUUGAACGACGACUUCUCUCUCUCUCUCUUUUUUUUUUUUGUAAUAGUUAAAGAGGUUUAGAACAAGCUAACAAGCAAUAGAAACAUGUAUAUCAAAUUUUUUAACGUAACAGACUACAUGUUAAUUGUUACCGUCUUCUUUUUAUCUUUAGUAGACACUUUUAAAAGGAAAGACAGUGCUUUUGUUGUGUUUAACUCACCCACACGCGGCGUAGGAUGAAGGCAGCACUACAAUAAAUUAGUUUUGUUCUGGUUUUCUAGAACCUUCGCGACGACACGUGCUUUCUUUCUGUCACCGGGG